AUGUCGGAUUCAAACGACAUCAAGGAGGCUUCCAAGAAUCCUUCGGUUCGAUCUCCUUCCGCUCAGAGAGCCCUUAUCCCUUUCUCACCGAAGCAACAAUCUCCUAAGAUCGUGCGACAAGGACUUGCCUUGGCGAAGAAGAUUCACAAAGAAUCGAAAUUGAUCGUCAAGACUGCCAAGCGUGUGCUCAACUUUGGACCACAGAAGGCUAAAAAACGCCAGCGUGAGCCUGACGAGGGAGAAGCGGAAGCAAGUGCUUCUAAGCGACCAAAAGGAGUGGCAAAACUUCGCACUUUAGCAAAAGGCCUUGCAAGCGCCGAUCCUCAAUUCUCGUCCAAUUUCUACUUUGGACCACUUCAAGCUCACGUGACAUUGAGCCGCGCCGGGGCAACUCCUCGUGACUCUCCAUUAGCAACCCCAUUGCCAAAAACACCGAUUCCGGGCGAGCAAGUGAAUGCCGUUCAAAAUUUCGCUGUGGUUGAGCCUCGAGACGCUCCUUUUAGCGGACAGCUUGGCGAAAGUUCGAAUCGAAUUCAGGAGAUUUGCGAGAAUACUCAGCAGAAACGAUCUGAGCAGAGUGACGCUGAUCUACCAGCUGUUGCGAUUCAGCAGGGACGUUUGCCAGACAGGGUUGCUGCUGAUGAGGGUACUUCGGGUCGCGCCGCUCUAGUCUCACCGCCUGUUAUCGUCGAGAUUACUGAGACUGAGCUUGAGCAACAAGAGUUUCAAGAUUCACCUUACCGCGCUGUUCGACGACGAAUGAUGCAGCAAUUGGAGGAGCGAUUAGCUGAAAAGAAUCCAGCACGAAAAUAA